AGAUGUCCGAGUACAAACCCAUUCUGAGAAUAUAUUGUGCAAUAUCAUAGCUAAAAAUUGUUUAAAAUUGGUUGUGAAAAUAUAUUUCCCGUAUCAUCAUCAUCACCACCCUUGUUACCCGUUGAGAAGUGAGAGACGAAGAAAGCAAGCACAGUAGCGGGUGGUAGCAGUGAGAGAGCGAACAGAAGAGAAGAGAAGAGAAGAAGGAUAAGAAAAGGCGCGCGAAAACAGAUAUGGAUUGUUUGGCUACAUCACCUGUUCUUUCUAAUAAACUUAUUCCUUUUCCUACCACUAACUCCAAAUUGGGAGCCAGUUUCCAGAAAAUAUACAGAAGUACAACCAAACAAAAAUCACGUCUCUCUUUUUCUAGGGAGAAUUGUGAAAGUCGGAGUAAUGUUGCAAUCAAAUCAAGCAGAGGAGUAUCUUCUUUGCAAACCCAACAAGAACUUCGAACCUGGGAAGACCCAGAUAUUCGUAGUGACAGCGACGAUGAGUAUGGUGAUGAAGAAGAUAAAAGCCUUGGAUUUAAAAAUGAUGGGGAACAGAAAGAGACAGAGACGCAGGACGAGUAUGAGGAGCGUAUUAAGAAAGAGGUUGAACGACUUUUAAAACCAGAAGAACUAGAAAUACUGCAACAGAAUAUAACUCCUAAUUUGGAAAAAAUUUCAUCUGAAAAAUGGAACCCACUGCACUCUCUUGGCUUAUCGUUCCAGAUUUAUAGUAUGGACAAGCUUCUUGAAAGUGGUCAUGAUAUUGAUUCCAUCAAUAAGGAAGGUCUCACUGCUCUUCAUAAGGCAGUUAUAGGUAAAAAAGAAGCUGUUAUAAGCCAUCUUCUACGGAAAGGUGCAAGUCCUCAUAUCCAGGAUAAGGAUGGAGCUACUCCACUUCAUUAUGCAGUUGAAGUUGGUGCAAAGCAAACUGUGAAAUUAUUGAUCAAAUACAAUGUUGAUGUCAAUGUGGCAGAUAAUGAAGGUUGGACCCCAUUGCAUGUUGCCGUUCAAAGCCGGAAUAGAGAUAUAGCGAAAAUUUUGUUAGCCAAUGGCGCAGAUAGGUCGACAGAAAAUAAGGACGGGAAAACAGCACUGGAUAUAAGUAUAUGUUAUGGAAAAGACUUCAUGUCUUAUGACCUUGCUAGAUUAAUUAAGAUAGGUCCAGGCAACUGAGUUCUAUAAUGGGCGAGGUGUGAUCGAGCAGAACCAGAUUGAAUCUUUAGUUAUAUGUUAUGUGCUUUCUAAUUGGUGCUUUAUACUUCUUCAAUCAUUGGAAAUCUUAGAGACCGAUAUUUUUCAAAAUGAAAGCUUUGAUGGAAUCUUCCACAUCAAUGAUUCCUUGGAAGAACAUUUUUGCAGUAUAGUUGUAGCUGUCAAAUGCAUAGUGCAGAUUAUAAGUCUUAUUAUUGGUUAACUGCGACGAAGUGCUUUGCCAAUUACUCAAUUAUCCACGACAAAUUAUUCAAGCUGCUAUGAUCUCUACAUGAAGAGUUAUUUCAGAUAUGUACGAAUGAUAUAUCUGUUGUGUUUUUUUAUAAUGAAUUGUAACAUAGUUGACGUGGUUUAUAAAUUUCUAUUUAAUGUAGUAUGUCUUACUGUUGAAAAGUUAUUUAUAAUA